ACAUGGCCCGCUAGUGGGACAGGCGGGAGCGCGGAGGGCAGGGCGGGCCGGACCGGACCGGACCGAACCGGAGCGGACCGGACCGGACCGGAGCGAUGCAGGACGCCGAGAACGCCGAGAACGUGGCCGGGCCCGAAGCGGCCGAGCAGCGGCUGGAGCCCCGGGCCCAGGAACGGCAGCCCCCGCCCGGGGAGACCCUGGGCGCCGCCGAGGAGGAAGAAGAAGAGGAGGAGGAGGAAGAAGAGGAGGAGGAGAAGAAGGACGACGACAAGGGGGACGAGGAGGAGAAGGAGGAGGAGGAGGCCGCGGCGGCGGCGGCGGCGGGAGAGCCCGCAGCCCCCCCGCCUCAGGACCGGCACCCGGAGGAGCCGGACAAACAGCCCCAGCCCGAGGCCGACGAACACCACCGGCGGGAAGAGGAGCAGCAGGGCGAGGACGAGGAGGAGGAGGAGCAGGAAGGGGAGGAAGGCCAGGCCCGGCCCAAGCCCGUCGACACCGGCGAGGACGCCGACGACGUCUCCUUCAGCGACCCCGACGGCUACGUGGACGACAUCAGCGAGGACGAAUUACUGGGUGACGUGCUGAAAGACAGGCCGCAGGAAGCAGAUGGUAUCGAUUCGGUGAUCGUAGUGGACAAUGUACCUCAGGUGGGACCGGAUCGUCUUGAGAAACUGAAGAAUGUCAUCCACAAGAUCUUCUCCAAGUUUGGAAAAAUUACAAACGAUUAUUACCCGGAAGAGGACGGGAAGACGAAGGGGUAUAUUUUUCUGGAGUACGUGUCUCCCGCUCAUGCCCUAGAUGCUGUGAAAAAUGCCGAUGGCUACAAGUUGGACAAGCAGCAUACCUUCAGAGUCAACCUUUUCACUGACUUUGAUAAGUACAUGACAAUUAGCGACGAGUGGGACAUUCCGGAGAAACAGCCCUUCAAAGAUUUGGGAAAUCUCCGGUAUUGGCUUGAGGAGGCAGAAUGUAGAGAUCAAUAUAGUGUGAUCUUUGAAUCUGGAGAUCGCACUUCCAUUUUCUGGAAUGAUGUGAAGGAUCCAGUCUCCAUUGAAGAAAGAGCUAGAUGGACUGAGACUUAUGUGCGCUGGUCUCCCAAAGGUACCUACCUAGCAACCUUCCAUCAAAGAGGUAUUGCCCUAUGGGGAGGAGAAAAGUUCAAACAGAUUCAGAGGUUCAGUCACCAGGGGGUUCAACUUAUCGAUUUCUCACCCUGCGAAAGGUAUCUUGUGACCUUCAGCCCCUUAAUGGACACCCAGGAUGACCCUCAGGCCAUCAUCAUCUGGGACAUCCUAACUGGACAAAAGAAACGAGGAUUUCACUGUGAAAGUUCUGCCCAUUGGCCCAUUUUUAAGUGGAGCCAUGAUGGGAAGUUCUUUGCCCGGAUGACAGUAGAUACCCUGAGCAUUUAUGAAACUCCUUCUAUGGGUCUUUUGGACAAGAAGAGUUUGAAAAUCUCCGGGAUAAAGGACUUUUCUUGGUCACCUGGUGGUAACAUAAUUGCUUUUUGGGUGCCAGAAGAUAAGGACAUCCCAGCCAGAGUGACCUUAAUGCAGCUUCCCACCAGACAAGAAAUCAGAGUGCGAAAUCUGUUCAAUGUUGUGGACUGCAAGUUGCAUUGGCAAAAGAAUGGAGAUUACCUUUGUGUCAAAGUCGACAGGACUCCAAAAGGCACCCAGGGAGUGGUGACCAACUUUGAAAUCUUCCGAAUGAAAGAGAAACAGGUACCUGUGGAUGUGGUGGAAAUGAAAGAGAGUAUCAUAGCCUUUGCUUGGGAACCAAACGGAAGCAAGUUUGCUGUGCUGCACGGCGAGACUCCUCGAAUAUCAGUUUCCUUUUACCAUGUAAAAAACAACGGAAAGAUCGAGCUUAUCAAAAUGUUUGACAAGCAGCAGGCAAAUACAAUCUUUUGGAGUCCCCAGGGGCAGUUUGUGGUGCUUGCUGGCCUGAGGAGCAUGAAUGGUGCCCUGGCGUUUGUCGACACUUCUGACUGUACGAUGAUGAACAUUGCCGAACACUAUAUGGCCUCUGAUGUUGAGUGGGAUCCUACAGGACGUUACGUUGUAACCUCCGUGUCCUGGUGGAGCCACAAGGUGGACAAUGCUUACUGGCUGUGGACCUUUCAGGGGCGACUUCUUCAGAAAAACAACAAGGACCGCUUCUGCCAGUUACUGUGGCGGCCUCGACCUGCAACUCUUCUCAGUCAGGAUCAGAUAAAGCAAAUUAAGAAGGAUCUGAAGAGAUACUCCAAGAUUUUUGAACAGAAGGAUCGUUUGAGUCAAUCCAAAGCUUCCAAGGAGUUGGUAGAGAGAAGGCGUACAAUGAUGGAAGAUUUCCGGAAAUACCGCAAGAUGGCCCAGGAACUCUACAUGGAACAGAAAAAUGAGCGUCUGGAAUUGCGAGGAGGGGUGGACACAGACGAAUUAGACAGCAACGUAGAUGACUGGGAGGAAGAGACCAUCGAGUUUUUCGUCACUGAAGAAAUUAUUCCCCUUGGAAAUCAGGAGUAGUCUGUUAGAGCUGAACAUCACCAUAUCUCGUGCCGAAGCGGAGUUCAUCCGUUUGAAGAAAACCUACACAACUCUUGAAUUUCUUUCUGUCUGUGUUUUCUCUUGCUGUCUGGACAGCGGAUGCACCUGGUUCUUUCCAUUCUGAGACAUCUUUUGUGCCUUUAAGCCCCUACUGCCUACAGUGGGGAGGAUUGUACAGGCACUGCUUUUAAAUUCUUACUCGCUUGUUUGGGACUUCUUUAUUUUUAAUCCAACCCCACCAGUAUUUGGUACUUUCGACACUUUUAUGCAGUGCUACAGGCAGGUAGCUUUUAACAGUUGCCUUCCGUGGCCUAUUCUAAGUGUACCAUCCCCAUUCACACGAUGUUUCUGUUUAAGGACUUUUUUUAUGUCCCAAGUGCAUGGAAAGGUGAUUUUUUUGUCUGGGAAAAGAUCAGCAGGAAACGAAUACGUCGUGUGUGUACUAGUGUGCUGAACCAGCACUACAGUGGGUUGUACCCUCCGCCAUUCAGAUUGUGACAGGUUCUCUCUACAGGUUGAUCAUGGUAAUAAAAGCAGACUUAUAUGGAAAAA